GUCAAAGAUCUGCGUCGUCGACGCAGAAUCAUGACGUUACCUUCAGCGAGAGUUCAUUAACUCCGUCAGUGUGUGGUUUUAUAAUUUUCCUGUUGAAAAUAAAUUCUGACUUUGGACUUAUUGUUCCGCGCAGUGGGUCGGCUUGACAGUAGUAAUGUGAAGUGACCACCACUGUUGUGCCUCCAAGCAUGGCGCAGAUCAGUGAUCCAAAGAUCGCUUUUGCCUACCUGCGCCCGGCCUGUGUCCUGCUGACCCGAGAGCCAUCUGCAACCAAUGUGGAGACACUGAGCGGCCAGUUAAAAGACGUGAACGAUGCCACAUUGCAGCAGCUCCAAGAGUAUGUCCUCUUCCCUCUUCGCUUUGUUCUUAAAGUCCCUGGGCCCAAAAAAGACAAAUUGGUGCAGGCUGUGGCUGAGGCCAUUAGCCACGUCCUGGAGAACACUUGCGUCCAGAGCUGGGAGACCCUCCAUGACCUCCUUUCAGAGCUUUGCCUCUGCCUCUGCUCUCCAACCGAUCCUGGGAAACCUGCAGAUUUGUCAGAGGAGCUGAAAUUGGCUGUGCUGAGGUGCCUGGAUGCCCUGAUCCAUGCUGCUUACGGUGAUAUAGUCUUCAGACUCUUUGAACCGAUCAUGCUGCCUGGACUGGGAGCUGCCAUAUCACUGCUCCUGGCUUUAGGAGAGAAGGAAAAAUCUCGGGACAUACAGGCAGCCGCGCUGAAGUGCCUCCAGGCUUUGACUCUGCAGUGUGACUGCACUCAGGAGCAUGUAGUCCCAUCCUCAGAGGAGCGACGUGCCAUAGGCAGCACCAUGGCUUCAUUCUUACCUGGGAUCACUUUGGCUGUAGCCAGGAUCAUCACAGGAGAUCUGAGACAAGGCCAUGCAGUCACAGUCAGGGCCAUCAAGGUUUGGUCCAGGGCUGUGGGGCUUGUCAUGGAAGAUGCACAGCUGCAGGCCAGUGAGCCCUGGAAGACUCCCUCACCAGACCUGGGUAGGAUUGCGCAGCUCGUGAUCCAUCGGACACAAGACUGGGUGAAGAGCACAGCAGGGAAACUGUCUGUGCUGCUGAAGAAGAUCGUCUCCUGCACCUCGGCCCACCAGCACUGGAGGGUUCGGCUGGAGAUGGUGGAGCUGGCUGACCACCUGCUGGCCAGGUGUAGUAAGUCACUGGGAGAGUGUGUUGGGCUGCUACUGGAAGCACUGGUUGGAGCAGUCAAUGAUGAGGAGCCCAGAGUCAAAGAGAGGUGUGAGGUUGCUCUCAGAGAGGUAUCAUGGAGGAAUCAGAGCCAUAGCAGCAGCGGUGAUAUUACCAGCGAGCGCAGCAGUACUCAGAACUUCACUGAUGUGCUUUCAGAAAAUCUCCACUCUUUGGCGACCUCCCUACCCAGACUGAUGAGGACCUCUGACGACCAGAAGAAACUGUUUGUCCUCAAUGGGUUUCUGGGUUACUUAAAACUCCUGGGACCACUCGUCUCUGUGGUGCUGAACUCGGCUGCACAUCUGGAGAGGAUUUCCAAAGCCUUGAUGCAGGUACUGGAGCUGGAUGUGAUGGAUGUUUGCAUUGUAGAAGAAAGAAGUUACCGCUCUACCAUAGAAACAAGUUCAGCAUCUCCUGAUUCCUACACUGCUCACACACAGAGGAAGCAUUUUCUCUACUUCACUGAUGAGAAGAUCCUCGCUGUGCUCAUGGAGAUCUGUCGGACAUUAGGUUACUAUGGCAACAUUUACCUGCUGACUGAUCACUUCCUGGAUCUGUACCGCCAGUCUUCAGCAUACAGAAAGCAGGCUGCCAUGGUGCUGAACGAGGUUGUCAGGGGUGCCGCGGGCAACGUUGUGGCAUCAGAGAGUCACGGUUUGGAGGGUGAAGGUUGCGGACGCUCUGCCACCAAGGAAGACCUUAAAGCAGCAGUGGUGUCUGUCAUGGAAGAAUACACCAGUCUCAACAACUGGCACUUGAUUACUGUCAGUGAGGAGACAGAUAGAGACCGCCAAGACCAACAGCUGCUCAGCCCACCUAGACUCCUCUCCAUAUCCAGCUGUGAUGUCAGCACCGUUAAUGAAAACUCUCUCCAAGUGAUAUCUUCCUCGUUUGGCUCCCUGUCUCCCUCAUCGUCCACUUCCACAAUCCACCAGCUCAACAGCAACAUCUGGCAGCUAUGUAUCCAGCUUGAGGGCAUCGCCUGCUUUUCUCAGGCCCUGGGGCGUGACUUUCGCCCCCUGUUGAUGACAUCACUGUACCCUGUGCUGGAGAAAGCUGGGGAGGAGACACUACUUGUCAGCCAGGCAGCUCUGGGCUCCAUGUGGGACAUCAGCAAAGCCUGUGGCUACCUCUCCUUGAAAGAGCUGAUCAAUGACAACUCAGACUACCUGCUCAAUGACAUCUCCAUCAACCUGCAGAGGCUCAGCGAGCAUCCACAGGCUCCACGGGUGUUGACAGUGAUGUUGACUCACUCUGACUGCAGCCUGCUGCCCCUGGUCGGGGACAUCGUUCAGGAUGUGCUGAUGGCUCUGGAUCUCAGCUACGACCACACAGCUGCCCUUUUCUGCUCUGUGCUGCACGCGCUGAUGAAGGCACUGGCUAGGUGGUUUCCCUCCAGUUGUAAUAGGACCAGGGAGUCUGCCGGCCCCAAGCAGACCUCCACUGACCAGGAAGUCCUCAACAUCCGGGAGUUCCUGCUGGAUUACCGUAAACAGAAAGAGCUGGCAGAGGGCAUUGGAAUAGAGGACGACAAUACCGAGGACCUUGAAGUCCCUCCUCCCACUGAGUGUGAGGACGUUGAAGACAUUGGUGGUCCUGAUGUGAAAGCAGAGCUUCCCUCCCACCUCAGCAUCACUAAAGACGUUAUGGAACGCUGCAUUCAUCUGCUGUCCAAUCCCAGCCUCAGGCUUCGACUCAGGGUAUUGGAUGUGCUGGAGCUUUGUGUGUGUAUACUGAGUGAGAAGGAAAAUGAACUGCUGCCUAUGGCACAUCGCUGUUGGCCCGCCCUCCUACAGAGACUGACAGCUGAUGACCCUUUAGCAGUCCUCAGAGCCUUCAGGGUCCUGUGUACACUAGGGGAAACGUGUGGUGACUUCCUGAGGAGAAGGGUUUCUAAAGAGGUUCUUCCCAAGCUGAGCGCCUCGCUGGCACGACAGGCUCCGAUCAGCGCCAAGGCCGGACCCGUCUACACACACACUGUGGCAUACAAACUGCAGCUGGCUGUACUGCAGGGGUUGGGCUCACUGUGCCAGUGGCUGGACCUGGGUGAAGCAGAUCUGGAUGCUGUUUGUGAAGCCUGCCUGCCCUACUUGAGCUGCAGACAACCCAUCCGACUACAGGAGGCCUGCCUAAGCGUUUUCCGACACUUAAUCCAGGUGGAUCCAGACGCCCUCUGGUUUACUCUGAACGAGCUGCACUGCCCGUCUUCCUACAUCCCGCCCCAUCCUGACCUCCAGCCUGUACGGCUGAACGGGAUGGGCAGACCGAGAGACGAGUACUCGGACAAUGUGCUGAAACUGCUGAGGGAGGAGUCUGGCUCGGGUGUUGCGACAGUCAACCAGCCAGUCAGCUAAUGAGCUGGUGAUUGAUGUGAUUGACUCAUCUCUCAGAUGGACUGACUCCAGCAAGUCAAUUAACCGAGUGGAAAUUGGACAAUUGUGCCAUCAGAUACGGACGUGAUAACCUUCAUGGUGUACACGGCUCUGAUAAGCAGCAAGGUACAAAGGGAAAAUGUCAAUGAAGCAUCCCUGCUGCUGUUCACCCUCCUGCUGCAGAUGUAGAAACCAGGAACACUUCUGACAGGUCUUCUAUAUUAGGGGACAUGCAGUGACAGUGCCGAUGUUUUCAUUUCAGUUCAUGUGAAGGCAUUGACAUGUACGUUAAAUGCAACUAUUAUGUUUGCUAUUCUUUCUCAUGUUAUUUCUUAAUUUUCUGAAGAAAUACCUUAUUCUUAAGUACCUUGCUGGUUUGAACUAUUCAGCCUCAUGUUUCAAGAGUAGUUCUGAAAGCAUGCAACUAAAAAUGUCUUUGUAGGACUGAGUAUUAAAAAGCUGGCAUCAAAUGUCUCUACAGAUCUGUUUACUUAAUCCUUGUUCACAUAUUUCCUGUUUUAAAUCACAUAUUUGCCAAUUUUAGACUACAUUGUCUCGUACAUCUGGUUGUGUUAAGGCAGCAUUUAAAAUUUUAGUACUUUAGCUUCUUUUUUUAAAUGAUAAGGGUUUUAUAGAGAAAUGUGAAUAUUCCUUAAAGUAAAGUUACAAAAAGUCUUGUUUUUGCAUUUUUACUGAAACUCAGGUAUUGUGUCAGUACUAGUAGCAAAAAAUGUGAAAUGAUACCCAGCCCUAAUCAGGAUUUCUUACAGAUAAAGUGUUAAUUCAAGGGUACCACAUUAAUAAAACUGACAUAAAUAUUGUUAAUAAGAAGCUUACUUUAAAUCGUAAUCUGCAAUGUGUACAGUAAGUGGGCAUUUUUUCAAAAGUUUAUUCGCAAGAUUGAUGGUGCUGGCUUAGAUAUCUAGUUUAACACAUCUGGACCACAUCGGGGCUCAAUAUCGUACUAAAAGGGUAAUUUUGGUAAUAUUCUCUAUUUUUCUAGAUGGAAAAUCUAAUUAAAUCACACAUGAAAAAUUGCAUGAAAAGACCAAAUUCACUUCUCUACUACUACUGUUCACUACUGUUUGAGUCCCAGGUGACUGCUUCCAUUACAAACCGCAAAUUAUAAAUAUUUUUUCUACAUGACAUACUUGCUGGUUAGGUAGGAAGGGAGGAAGUAUAGGGAAUAAGGGAGUUACUAAUUUAUGUUUAGAGGACCUACAAAUAAAUUACAACUUUAUUACUCUUAAAAUGACCACGUACAUGUUAAAUAGUUACAGGCUUAGCCUACAGCACAUGUCCUUUCACCAUAUUUAUGUUGUAAAAAAGGAUCCAAACUGUGUGGUGCUUUCACUUAGUAGGGACAUUUUUUUUUAUAUAAGUUAAUUUACACUAUUAACUGUAAUAGCGAUAGAAAAUUUCUCAAUGCCCUUCAAUAUUAAUUAGCAUUACUAAUUUAAUUGCAAUAUCAACUCCGUUGCCCUGUUUCCCCCAUUUUUAUUGCCUUAUUACCCAGUAAUGAUAUUACUGCACUCUGUAAUUAAGUAAGAAGCAAUCAGUAAUUUAGAAAAUAUUGUGUCGCUCUCAAACAUAAAGUUGUCACCCCCGUAUUCCCUAACCUUUUGUCUUCUUCCCCUGCAGCCAUUACUAAGUACUUAUUAUACUUUUCUCUGUAUAGGAAGCCUGUAAGCAUGUUACUGAAACCCUCUAUAUAAUAAAUAAUUACACUAAUUUGUGGGAUUUAAAGUGUAACUGAGUCACAUUUG